UGCAAGAACACACAGUCACGCUCCACCGUCCCCUUCCUACCAAAUCUGAUUCUGCUCCAGUCCACUAAUUAAGAAGGUGUUCGGUCAGAGAAACUAAUCGUGAAAUUAACGACAUCAUUCAAUGGGUCGGGGAAGAUUGGCGCUCGAGCUAAUCGGGAAGGAGAAGUCGAGGAGGGUAACAUUCGAGAAGAGGAAGACCGGGCUGCUGAAGAAGGCCAAGGAAUUCUCGAUUCUGUGCGGAGUGGACACGUGCGUGAUAAUCUACGGCACUCCGGCGAUCAGCGACUGCCCUCAUGUGCCGGAAAUCUGGCCCCCAAAUCCCGACGAGGUUGCCCGGAUCAUCAAUCGCUACAAGAACGAGGUGGGCACUGGCCGCCGCAGUACGAAGAUCAGGGGCGCCGUCGUGGGUCUCGAUGAGUACUUUCUGGACCGGCAGAGGAAGCUUGGCACAGAGCUCGCGAAAGCCCGCAGGUCGACCUGCGACGAUCUGAUCGCCCACUUGUCGGAGGAAGAGGAGGUGAUAUCGCUCAAAACCCUUCUAGGGCACAGGCUAGAGAGUGCAAAGAAGAGGCUCGAGGCCAUGAAAUCAGAGAAGGAAUUAGCGGCCCUGCUGCUGCCGCAGGAUCAGACGAACAACAUCGCCCCAAACCCAUUAAUGGUGGGAUCAUCACAGCUCGGCGAGUCUGAUCGCCGUGGAUUAAUAUUCCACCAGCCGAUGCCGACCCGCUCUUUCUAUGUACCGGGCGCCGCAACCGGACUAUACUGCAGGCACGACUCGAAGCCCAGCAAUGAUCAAAUGCUGCCGCCCACUCUGUUCCAGUAUGCAGCUAAUGAUAAUCCUUAUCGGUAUGUUGUUCAGAAUCAGAUGCAUGCUAAUAAUGCUAGUCUUCCGCCUCCACCAUUCAACCAAUUCCACGCUGCACAUCAACCCCAAGUGACAGUCUACGGUACAUAUUUCCAUUAAUGGUUAGGGUUUCUAGCUAUAGAUAGAUCGAUUUAUAGGUUCAUCUGUUUACAUUCAAUUGUUGUGAUUAUUUGUUAGGGUUUUUAGCAUAGAUUUGGAGGUUCAUCCAUUUGCUCAAUUGUGAUUAAGCAGAUCAUUAUGUGAUGGAACUUUUAUUCUUGGGACUAAGCCCCCGGACAUCUAUUUUGCUUUUAUUUGACGAACAUGUGCAAUUGCAGCAUACAUAAUAAAAAUUACUAGUUAUAUUUCU